AAAGCCCAUAGAUUCGUGCAACCGAACUUUCCUCCACUUCUGCACAAAGCGAAGCGCUUCGGAGCUUUUUGAGCACCAGUCCCGCAAACACCCGCACACCGACCGGUCAGUGAGCGCAGACCAUGGCCUCCUCGGAGCUUGCCCUGUUGAGCGUGUCGGAUAAGAGUGGCCUGCUGGACUUCGCCAAGCGGCUGGUGGCUGCGGGGCUGUCCCUGGUGGCCUCGGGCGGGACGGCGAAAGCCCUGCGUGAUGCUGGACUGGCGGUCAGGGACGUGUCCGAGCUGACCGGACAUCCAGAGAUGCUGGGCGGCAGAGUGAAGACCCUCCACCCCGCCGUGCACGGGGGCAUCCUGGCCAGGAGAAGCGCCUCUGACACCGCAGACAUGGAGAAGCUGGGCUACAGCCUGGUCAGAGUUGUGGUUUGCAACCUGUACCCGUUUGUGAAGACCGUCUCCAGCCCCAGUGUGACGGUGGAGGACGCUGUUGAGCAGAUUGACAUCGGUGGUGUGACUCUGCUGAGGGCUGCAGCUAAAAACCACGCUCGCGUCACCAUCGUCUGCGAUCCUGCCGACUACUCGCUGGUUGCCACGGAGAUGGAGAGCUCAGCGGACAAAGAUACAAAUCUGGAGACGCGCAGGACUCUGGCUCUGAAAGCCUUCACACACACAGCGCAGUACGACGAGGCCAUAUCCGACUUCUUCCGAGGCCAGUACAGCCGCGGCGUGUCCCAGCUGCCUCUGCGUUACGGCAUGAACCCCCACCAAGCCCCCGCCCAGCUCUACACCCUGCGGCCCGCUCUGCCACUCAAAGUGGUCAACGGUUCUCCUGGUUUCAUCAACCUGUGUGACGCUCUCAACGCUUGGCAGCUGGUCCGGGAGCUGAAAGGCGCUCUGGGCCUGGCCGCCGCCGCCUCCUUCAAACAUGUCAGCCCUGCAGGAGCUGCUGUUGGAGUUCCUCUGUCUGAGGAGGAAGCCAAAGUUUGCAUGGUCCAUGACCUGCUGAAGGAUCUCACGCCGCUCGCUACCGCCUACGCCCGAGCCAGAGGUUCAGACAGAAUGUCGUCUUUUGGAGAUUUCAUUGCUGUAUCAGACAUCUGUGACGUUCCCACCGCCAAGAUCAUAUCAAGAGAGGUGUCAGAUGGUAUCAUUGCUCCCGGUUAUGAUGAGGAGGCGCUCAAAAUCCUCUCCAAGAAGAAGAACGGAAACUACUGUGUGCUUCAGAUGGAUCCGGACUAUGAGCCCGACGAUGCCGAGGUGAGAGUGUUGUUUGGACUGUAUCUCAAACAAAAGAGAAACUCGGCGCUCAUCGACAAGGAGUUCUUCAGCAACGUCGUUUCCAAAGGCUCGCUGUCCGAGGAAGCUGUGCGCGACCUCACCGUGGCCACCAUCGCUGUCAAAUACACCCAGUCCAACUCUGUCUGCUACGCCAAGGACGGGCAGGUCAUUGGCAUCGGCGCCGGUCAGCAGUCCCGUAUCCACUGCACUCGUCUGGCCGGCGAUAAAGCCGAUAACUGGUGGCUGAGGCACCACCCUCGCGUCCUCAACAUGAAGUUCCGCAGCGGCGUGAAGCGAGCGGAGAUGGCCAACGCCAUCGACCAGUAUGUGAGCGACACCAUUGGAGAGGGCCCAGAUUUGGCGGUUUGGAAGUCCAUGUAUGAGGAGGUGCCUGAGGCUCUGUCCCCGACUGAAAAGAAGAACUGGAUCAGCUCCCUGCAGGCUGUGGCCGUCAGCUCCGACGCCUUCUUCCCCUUCAGAGACAACAUAGAUCGCGCCAAACGGAGUGGCGUGGAGUACAUCGCAGCGCCAGCCGGCUCUGCUGCCGACGAGGUCGUGAUCAACGCCUGCAACGAGCAAGGCAUCACCCUGGUGCACACCAACCGGCGACUCUUUCACCACUGAGGAAAGCCUCUCCGGGCGUCUUCCAGUAGAUAUUCACUACUGAGCUGAAAACUGGAUUUCUAACAUUACUGUUACUCAAACAUUCCUGCCUUUAUCAUGUUUAGAUGUAAUGAUCACAGAUGCACUGUUUUUUUACCGCAUUAGUCUCAUUCCUGACUGGAGAAGGCCAUUACUGUUUACUGUAACUGUUCAUUGUAGGUCAGUCGCUCAUCACUUUGAAAUAAACCGAUA